AUGCAGCUUGUGGCGACGGAGACAAAACAGUCCAGCGCGUCCACGCGCCUAUCUCCUCUGCCUCCUCUCUGGGAGUGCCCUGUGACAGUGACUGCGUUUCUUUUCUCUCUCUCUGACGCGAAGCUUUGUGAAAGCGGCCUGCGAGGGUGCGAAACGCAGAAAAUGUGUGAAUCGGCGGCAGCGGAGCUUGACCGGAAGACUCCGGAUCGAGGCAAGCGGACGUCUCGCGCGUCGAGCUGUCUUCGAGGGAGCAGCGGCUCCUCAUGCCGCGAGGCGGCGCCGCGCGCUCUCGCAGUUCGAAACUACAGCUCGCUUCGUGGCAACAAGACGGUCCAGCAGCCCGAGGGCGACGCCGGUUCCACAGCAGAUUUUUUGAGAGCGUUUAGUUCUCCCGAGAAGCUUCCAGCUGCCUCAGUGGAUCCACGUUUGCCGCGAUUUUCGGCCGACGCGCGAGCCGGAGAGAGAAAUCGACGCGCGCCGUUCUGUCUUGCUCCCCCGCCAAAAAAACCGCCGACCCUCCUUUCCCGCGAUCGACGCGAAACGCGCGCUUCGUCCGCGUCCUCUUUUUCCUCUCUGCCCGAAUCCUCCUUGUCGACUCGCGCGUUUCCCUCGGGAUCUCUCUCUCUGCCUAAAGUCUACAGGCUGUCUGCUCCCAAUCCAAGUCCCACCUUGUUCCAUUCUGCGGCCUCAGCUCCGUCCGCGCUGUCGCCGCCGCGCACGACUUGCACAGUUUCUGGGUCCUUCGCCUCGAGUCAAUCGCUUCCCUCCCUUUCUGCUUCUCUCUCUCGCUCGUCGUCCUUCUCCCUCGCUGCGGAGCGCCCAGCAUCCACACUCUCUCUCGAGGGCUUGUGCUCUAAGUCUCGUCUCUUGUCGCCGCAGGGGUCACCUACGACUGCUUUUCGUCUCGCCUCAUCUCCCUCCGCCUUUGCUGCUUCUCCGCAGUUGUCUUUUUCGUCGCUUGCCUCUCCUGGGACUAUGGGAAAUGUCGCUGGCGGGCUGAAUGACGGUCGAGGCACCCGUCACCUCGACGGCUCCGCAGAGCCGCCGUCCUUUAUCUCUCUGGCAAGAGGCAGGAGACGCUCAGGCCGAGGCUCGCAGGGCGGUCUCAACGCGUCCUCGUCGUCUUCAGACAGUUCGGACCCGUGCGCGACCGCCCCGCCAGACACGCGACUCCCCCCCACAGAGGCGGCAGCCCAAGCGGAACCCGCAGCCGCCAGCCCACUCGCGCCCUACGUAGGCACGACCAUGUACAGAAGGCUGGAACGCGAGCGCGUGCAGCUGCUGCGCGACGCGAUUGACGGCCUGGUGUUCAUCGUCCCGCGCGAGUAUCGUAGCUUCACUUCUUCUCUCGCCUUGUCUCUGUCCUCUUCGCUGGCGGACUCUUCCUCGUCUAUCUCCACGUCUUCCGCGCGGGAGCGAGCGCUGCAGGCGCUUCCUCCACAUGUCGCAGACUACUCGAUGCUGGAACCGCAGCACCACGGCCUUGUCUGGCUGCUCGCUCUCGAAGGCGCCGAAGGCACCCUCUACGCGAAGCAAGUGUUCCUUCUGCGCUUCCGCUUCUCUCCGAAGUACCCCAUCGAGCCGCCGGAAGUGACGUUCGUCCCGCCGUUUCUGCCUGUGCAUCCACACGUCUACUCGAACGGGCACAUCUGUCUGUCGAUUCUUUACGACUCGUGGUCGCCUGCGCUGAGCGUGAGCAGCUGCGGCAUGUCGCUGCUCUCGAUGAUCUCGAGCUCCAAGGUGAAGCAGAGGCCGGCGGACGACGAGGUGUACUGCAAGCUGUGGGGGUCGCGGAGUCCCAAAGAAGUCAAGUGGAUUUUCCACGAUGAUCAGGUCUAA